AUGCCAAUUGCAAGAAGACUUCUAGAAAGACAGAUCACCUUUUCGGAGGCAAAGAAGGAGGAGACGACGAAUAUCUUACAAGAGUUGACCUAUGUGACGUUGGCCGCAUCCUUCAGAGAUCACAUUGAAAAGAAUAGUGCAACUAUCAAGGCCAUUGUUGCUCACCAUCUUUAUUUGAUUCCAGCCUCAUAUCGCGUCGAAAUAUCAGACCGCUCAGAAUGGUUAAGCGGCAGUUUCAACCUUUGCGUUCCAGUCUCUAUUCAAAGCCAGAAGCAAAAAGGCAGCUGGCGGGUUCUCAUGCGUUUCCCCCUACCGUAUAAGGUGGCAGGACCCGAAAACGGAGAUGAAAAAAUUCGGUGUGAAGCUGCCACUUAUGCUUGGCUUAAUCAGGAAUGCCCCAACAUCCCGACGGCCUGUCUCCACGGUUUUGGGUUAUCGACCGGUCAGAGAUUCACUGCCGUUAGAAAUGCUCCAUUCUGGACCAGAUGUUUCCAAUAUCUCAGAAGGCAGAUUUUAUCUCUGUUCCAACACCCUGUUCCCUGCCAGUAUAUGAAACACCAGACUUCAGCACCGGAGCAUAUGCUCGGCAUCGGUUAUCUCCUUCUUGACUAUGUCAACGAUGGAGAGAUGCUGUCCCACUCAUAUGCAGCGCAGAACCACGAUACAAUUCUCCGAAAAAACCUUUUCAGGGAUUUGGCCAAAAUCCAACUCUCGCUGCUCCGGAAGCCAUUCCCGCGAAUCGGGUCACUCACUAUCAACAACGACGCUAUCUUGACUCUCAACAAUCGGUCAUUCACGUUGGAAGUCUGCCAAUUAGCCAAUGACAAAAUCCCCGUGGAGGCCAUCAUGCCACAGGGGACGACGUACACCACUGUGGACACCUAUAUACACGACAUUCUGUCUCUUCAUGACAGCCGAUUACGUUACCAGCCAAACGGCGCCUCAAGCAUAGAAGACUGUAUAAGCCAGAUGUGCGCAUUGGCAACUAUGAGAACCGUCUACUCUGACUUCUUCGACCGCAAGUUACGAUCAGGACCGUUUGUGCUUACGCUUACCGAUAUGCAUGGAAGCAACUUUUUUGUUGACGAUGAGUGGCACAUUACAAAGCUGCUUGAUCUGGAAUGGGCAUGCGUCCGUCCGAUUGAAAUGCAACACCCUCCAUACUGGCUGACGAGCCAGUCGGUGGAUAGAAUCAAUGAAGAACAGUAUAGCCAGAUUUGCAACGAAUUUAUAGACAUUUUUGAGGAAGAAGAGAAGAAGAUGGUCAUGACAGAGGAGCAACGGAAUGGGAAGGACCAUAAUACAGCGGCGCUAGGCAAUGACAUGUUCCCCCCCUUGCUCUCUUCCUAUGCGGAGCUUUUGAAAAGCCUAUGGAACAAAGGAACAUUCUGGUAUUGUCUGGCACUAGAUAGCCCUACGGGUCUCCAUCACAUCUUCUACAAUCGCAUUAGGCCCAGAUACCAAAUCCCAUAUGACAAGGACUCCCAUGAAGAAGUAUCCAAGUUUGAUUCUGCCUUUUAUAUUGCUGCCCCGACCUUCUGGAGUAGCAAUGCCUGGCAUUUCAUGGUUACAAAAGCCGAGGACAAAAAGCGGUAUGACGAACAGCUCCUAGAGGUCUUCCAAGCGCACUCCCUGUGA